AUGGCCCACACAAAGUUGUGGGUGCUCCUAGUAUUAUUUGUAUGCACCCUGCAGUACUUGGCGGCUACGGAGGAAGAAAAACCCACCCCUGAAGGCGAAGAAGAGUGCAGGUUGCUUGGGAAAUUCGAUUUACGGGGCUACGUGGAAGCUGAAAACACCGAUCAUGUUAUAGGAGGGAUGUUUCCGAUCCACUUCAGGACCAUACUGGAAGAAGACCCCACUAGUACGCCACCAAUGUCGCCACAGUGUGAGGGAUUUAAUUUUCGAGGUUACCGCUGGGUCAAAGCCAUGAUACAUGCCAUACAUGAUGUUAACAAAAACGCUGACAUUCUACCAAACAUUACUCUGGGCUACCAGAUCUAUGACACAUGCUAUACAAUGUCCAAAACAGUUGAGAACUCUUUGGCUUUCCUUACCGGGCAGAAUGAAACAACCCCUGUCUUCCGAUGCAGUAGUGGCGCUCCUCUCGCGGCAGUCGUUGGAGCGGGUGGGUCAACCCUCUCCAUCGCUUCCUCAAGAAUCCUUGGGCUUUACUAUUUCCCUCAGGUUGGCUACGCCUCAUCUUCCUUACUUCUCUCUGACAAGUAUCAGUUCCCUACUUAUCUCCGCACCAUCCCAAGUGAUAAUGUGCAAUCUCAAGGGAUGGCCAUGUUAGUUAAGCAUUUUGGCUGGAAAUGGGUAGGAACGAUUGCAGCGGAUGACGACUACGGUAAAUACGGUGUGAAAGCAUUUAAAGAGAAGAUCGAUAAGAUAAGCAAACCUGGAGAGAUCUGCAUAGCUUUCUCGGAGACGAUUCCAAAAAUCUACUCCAGGACAAAAAUACAAACAGUAGUCGAAACUGUAAAACUAACAAAUGCCACAGUCAUUGUGGUCUACUCAUCUGAUAUUGACUUUCAUCCUCUAUUGGAAGAGCUUAUUAUUAGCAAUAUCACUAGCAAAACGUGGAUAGCCAGUGAGGCCUGGGUUACAUCGGCCUUAAUUGCAAGGCCUGAAUACUUCCCUCUCCUUGGUGGGGCCAUUGGCUUUGGAGUAAAAAGAGGUCAUAUCCCAGGUCUCAAAGAAUUUCUUCUCGACGUACACCCGGGCAGAGAUCCUGAUGAUGAUCUGGCCAUUGAAUUUUGGCAGUCUGCAUUCAACUGUACUUGGCCUAACGCCAGUAUACCAUACAACACAGACAACAGGAAAAAUGUAACCGGUCAUGAGAACAGAGUUAAUUUUACUUCUGACCACUACUGCACUGGGAAGGAGAAACUUGAAGAACUUAACAAUACCUACCUGGAUGUUGAGGAACUUAGGAUAACAUAUAAUGUCUAUAAAGCUGUCUUUGCUGUUGCCCAUGGCCUCCAUAAAUUGAGCCUCUGUGAUACCAAUGUACGACCUGGACCAUUUAUUGGCACCCCUAGCUCCUGCGCCUCAAUAGAUGAAUUUGAACCCUGGCAGUUAAUGUACUACAUGAAGAACGCGAUGCAGUUCACAGUGCUGGAUGAUUUCGUAAACAUAGAUACCAAAGGAGACGUGUACACCCCCUACGACAUUCUGAACUGGCAGAUGAAUGGCACAGGUGACAUUGCCUUUGUGAAUAUUGGAAAGUUCAACUGCACUGGGGAGGAAAGUUUUGAGUUUAUGGUAUACAAUGAUUCUGUCUUCUGGAACAAUCCGGCAUCAGCAAACCCACGUUCGACAUGUAAUGACAAUUGCCAACCCGGUUAUCGAAAAGGGAUUCAGCAAGGAAAGCCCCCCUGUUGUUACGACUGCAUAAAAUGUGCAGAAGGACAGUUCAGUAACAUAACAGAUGCAAGGGAAUGUAACGCGUGUCCGGAGGAUUACUGGUCCAAUACCGACAGAAGUGGAUGUGUACAUAAACAGGUGGAAUUUCUGGGUUAUGAUGAAGCUCUGGGAACCACAUUAAUUGUGCUGGCCAUAUUUGGGGCUUGUGUCGUUCUGGCAGUGACUGGUGUCUACAUAAAGUACAGGAGCACGGCUCUCGUGAAAGCCAACGAUCGAGAGCUGAGCUUCCUCAUUCAGUUUUCUCUGGUCAUAACCUUGAUGACUUCCAUCCUUUUUAUUGGUAAGCCAGUAGACUGGUCAUGUCAGUCCCGCCAGGUGUCCCUUGCUUUGGGCUUCUCCCUUUGUCUUUCCUGUGUCUUAGGAAAGACCGUUAUGCUUCUCCUGACUCACCUGGCCAAAAAUUCAAAAGUUGCCGAGAAAGCUCGAAUGGUCUUCCGGCCAAUUUUCCAAAAAAUUAUCGUUGUCCUCUCUGUACUCACUGAAGUGGGCAUUUGUACUGCCUACCUCAUAAUUAAACCACCCCAUAUGUAUAAAAACACCCAAUUCCAAAACAUUAGAAUCAUUUUCGAAUGCAACGAGGGCUCUAUAGUCUACUUGUGCGUCAUGUUUGGGUUCGAUGUGUUUCUGGCCCUGCAAUGCUUUCUCACAGCCUUCAUCGCUCGCAAGCUCCCCAACAACUUUAAUGAAGCAAAGUUUGUCACCUUUGGGAUGCUGGUCUUCUUCAUCGUCUGGAUCUCCUUUGUCCCGGCUUACUUAAGCACAAGAGGGAAGUUCAAGGUGGCCGUGGAGAUAUUUGCCAUUCUGGCUUCCAGCUUUGGCUUGUUGGGCUGUAUAUUUGUGCCAAAAUGUUACAUCAUUUUAUUGAAACCUUUAAGGAACACAGAAGAGAUAGUGCACGGCAAAGCCGCCACCAACGACAAGAGCGCGCCGCCAACCUCCGCAUCAUGUACCAGCGAAGUUAACAACACGACCGUCUCCACAGUUCUGGAGGAUUAG